CUUGACUCGAGCCAACAGAAGAGAACGUCAUUUUCAUUUUCCUCGUAAAACACGUGACAAUAGCACGUAACUAAUAACAGUGUUCUAACAGUGUUCUAGACACCGGAGGGUUUAGGUGAAAGCCCAUUCCAAGGCACCACUUAAUGACUCGCUUAAUGAAUUCGAGCGAACGUGCUAGAUAAAAUGUAACAUUUUACAACAAUAAUGCGUGCAGCAUUGAAUUAACGGAAUAAUAGCUCUGACCGGCUGGUAAAUCCAAUGUUCAAGGAAGUUGUGACGUUCUAAUGAUGACAUCACGAACGCCGAUCGUGAAUCAGCCUGUUUUCAUCGAGUGAAUAGGAGGAAGUUCGCGUUCCUAUGAUCGCGUGGCCAGCAGAUCUGUUUGGUCCGAGCGCGGUGGUGGUGGUGGUGGUGUGCUGGCAUAAGUUAUUGUUGCACGCGUCGCACAUUUAGCCGAAGACGGUAUAGAUCGUGAAUCGCAAACCGCAAACUUCAAUUCUCGUUAUUGUCUUACAAAGAUAAGUAACCAGUGAACCCGACAGCUACUUGCCCUAAUGUUGGACCUUCAGAACCGUGCAUUUCCUGUACACUGAUAGGGUCCGUGUAGAAAUAUGGAUCUAUUGAAACAUAACGGGGAUGAAAUUCUGUACAUGGACGACAUCACGGACGAGGUAGCUAAGCCAUUGACGUCCAAAGAAUUCGAAGCUGUUGCCAUCGGACCUCGAUUUGGUGCUCUGUUAGAGACAGACAAUACGAACAACCCUCGGCCAACCUCUGGACCGGAGAUCGACGACCUCGAGCCGGAAGGAAAACCGCCGAUCGGGUUCGAUCAUCGGGGAAUAGACGAUGGCUUGCUACCAAAGGAUCCUCGGACACCACAGUCAGAUCAUCCGAAAUUUCCAGACAGCUUGACUCCGUUUUUCCCGAUAGUACCUCCACUUCAGCCUACUCCUGAUGUUAAUAUUUACCAGCACAAGAAAACCUUGGCCCAAGGAAUGAUGGACCUGGCACUGUUGUCAGCGAAUGCCAAUCAGUUACGUUACGUUCUACAGACCGACGGAGGGCAUCCAUACUUCUAUCCAUCGCUGGUCAUGAUAGGUGCCAGUCUAUUUCUUCAGAUUGCAGUGGGGAUAGGAUUAAUUUGGAACAGCAGAUACAACGUCAAGGACAAUGCUCAAAUGUGCAAGGCUGAACGUGCGAACAACUGGACAGUGAUCGGUAUAUUUCUGGUGACUAUUCUCAAUGUGUUCAUAUCGUCGUUUGGGGUGGUCGAUGGAGUGGCGACGGCUCUUCCCACGACGUGAGACUCGCUUAGGUGCUCUAUAACUAUAACAUAUCAUUUUGUUCAAGCGCGUGUUCGCGUUUUCCUUUUUUAUUUUGUCAUAAACCAUCAAAGUUGUAUACAGGAAGGAAUUAAAUGUAAAAGUUUUUUCAAU